AAGCGCUGGCGCAGUUGGGUCGCGGUCUCCACCACGGCAGCAUUUCGCCCACCGGUCUCUUUACGCACCUAUCUCUCCCUCUCGCUCCCUACCCCCUUAUCGUCCCCUGUCUACCCCGCGACCUCUUCGCAUGACCUCUCGUUGUACCCCUCCUCCUCCCACCUAUCGCCCCCUUUCGCGAACGGGGUGCAUAUACGACACCGGGUGCAUAACACCCUCUGCGUCCCUCCGCUGUCUGUGAGUGAAGGUGUUAUUCGCGGCGCGGUGUGGCGCGGUGUAACGAGCCGCGUUAGUGUUAGUGCGGCAUGAUGAAUGAACGGCAUUUUAGAAGGACGGAAGUGGCGCGCGGUCCCACCUAGCUCUUUCGCAACGAUCGUACGUCACCCACCGGCGACACAGGAUCCCCGCGAAGAUGCACCUCGCGCGAGAGCUGCAGUCGCCCACGUGGAAGUACGGACCAGCUGCGCUGGAAGGAUUUAGUGACGCCCCGGUUCUCUCUCCGUGAUUGCGCGGGUCUUGUCGCUCGGUCGUUCAUUCAUGACAGGUGAUAAGGGCGAAAAGGUGUGUGGCCCGCUGCACGUGAAGACAGAUUUGUGAAACGUUUCCUCUCGGUAACGGACAGUGCAUUCGAUGGUACAAUGACGAACAAGUAUGUCGAGCGAUUUUGAAAAUUAGACGCGAAAACGUGGUCGUAUAUAAAUUAAAUUAACGUGAGACCGGUCGUUAAAUUGCGAUAUAUUAAUCAUGAGUAUUUUCUGUGUUUUACUGGACGCACGCAUGAAUUCUCCACGCGCAGGAAGAACGAAAACAUGAAUCGUCAAAAAAGCGAACACGUGACCGCUUCGGCGUAGUCGAUGUCUCAUGAAUAUUUCGUGGGAUAUAUGCUGCGCGUACAUAUAAAUCGCUAUUUUACAAGUCCCAUUCAACAUUUUCCGUGAAGCGUAUUUUUGCUCCCAAAUAAUUGAUCGUCCUUCGAGAGAAUCCUUCGCAUUGCAAGAUAUUAUCAAUGACUGAUGGAAAUAACGCGGCCAAGUGUUGCAACUGUCAGUGAGCGAAGUGAAUUCCUUUUUAUUGCCAACCAGGAAAACACGUCGCCCUCGGCCGAUUGCUGGCAGCUUUGAAGAAGCGGUUGACGUGAAAUGUAUCAGAAACAAUGGACUGUGAAAGCACUAGAAAUGGAUUUACAACAUAGCGGUAAUGGGACCGGUCAAUGCAAACCUUUCAAAAUGAUCUACAUUUUCACCCUCUUCAUGCUGCUGCACGUUUUUCCAGAGUGCACCGCGUAUGAAUCGCGUGUUCUCACGGCGGAUACCUUUCAAGAGCGCACAACACCGGAAAUUGAUCCACACUUCGACACCACAGUGCCAUCCAAUAUCAUUGGUUUGGCAGGAGAUACUGUUCAACUGGCGUGCAGGGUGAAGAAUCUCGGAAACAGAACGGUUUCAUGGGUGAGACAUCGUGACAUUCACUUGCUGACAGUCGGCAGUUACACUUACACGAGCGAUCAACGUUUCGAGGCGAUGCACAAAUAUAAUACAGAAGAAUGGAUUCUGAGAAUACGAUAUCCGCAGCGAAAGGAUUCUGGUAUCUACGAGUGCCAAAUAUCCACGACUCCACCCAUCGGUCAUCCUGUUCGUCUCACUAUAGUUGAGCCCGUGACGGAAAUAGCCGGCGGUCCCGAUCUGUUCAUCAACAAGGACAGCACGAUAAAUUUAACAUGCUACGUGAGACACGCGCCAGAACCGCCGUCGACGAUAAUUUGGAGUCACAACCACCAGGCGAUUAACUUCGACUCGCCGAGGGGUGGCAUCAGUCUGGUAACGGAAAAGGGACCCGUGACUUCGAGCCGUUUACUCAUUCAGAAGGCGAUCGAGAGAGACUCCGGCCUUUACACGUGCUCGCCAAAUAACACUCAUCCCAACAGCGUACGGGUCCACAUAGUCAAUGAAGAACACCCAGCGGCAAUGCAUCACGGUAGAGGCGACAGAAUGGCCGCGACGCUGCUUCCGGUCGUCCUACUUCUUCGGAUGAUAUUCUAGCCGACGUUAUGCACUCCAGGUUGAAUGCGCGCGAACUUAAGCACGGUCGCCUUAACUCCCACGAAACCAUCGGGCGGAGAUUCUGUUUCGCGGUUUUGUCUUCGGGGAUUCAACUCGCUGCGACGCGACGCGCAUUCGACGCAUUCGCCUCGCGGAAAGUAACGGAAUCUCAUCGUAAGGGUUUGCUCCGCGACGUCGCGUGUCUCCUAUUACGUCGUUAGAGCAUUAGACUGAUUGGAACGCAUCCGCGUUACGGAAAAUCCAAUUGUCCCGUCGCCACCGCCUGGAGAACGUGAGUUAAAAUAAAUAUUUAUUAGGCUAGAUGUAUCCACAGAGAUGAGUUGCGGAUAACAACUAUUGAAUAUAUAUAUUUAGUUCUGUGUGAAUAUAUGGUCAAAAAAAAGAGAGAGCAAAAAUUUAGCUUAAUGGCCAAAAGAUUUGAUACAAAUAAAAAAUAUUUUUUAUUAGGAAAUGUUAAAUUUAUCCAAAGAUAUUUAAUCACCGAUUUUUGCUGCAGUAAUGUGGACAAGUGAGAGAACUUGUCUAUAAUAAUUUUUAACACGGUUAGUCGAGUGAACUCGCUGAACUUUCACGGCACUUUCAAGGUCGUUGUCAUUUUGCGAAAAAGAACAACGUCUGGGUUCUUGCCCCACUGCGGAAACAAGUACGAAGUCUUUUUCUGUUCCGGUAAAGAACUCGCGAGUCCGUUUUCGUCGUCUGGAAUCUUUCCUCACUUUCCGAAAUAAGAAUCGUCUGCGAAGAAAGAAGAUUUUCGCAAAUUCCAUACUAAUAUAACGCGUGACCUAAAAACGAUUCAACAAACACAUUUCUAUAUUUAUUCAGGUAUUUACGAAAGAAGAUACAGCAAUAUAAAGAAUAUAUUGUAAGAAUCGAAAGAAUCGCUUUAAAUAUUGGCCGCGAUAUUAAGUAAAUUUAAAGAAAACAUUUCCUCGCAUAAUGUUCGAAGAAUUUCGAAAAUCGAAAAAGUAGAUUGAUUCGCAGAGUUAGACGAGCGCAACGCUGCGUAAAAUUAUGUAUAGAUAAGAUGCAAAAUUUGUCAAAACAUCAAAUAGAAGAAACAUGUACUCUCGAUACAUUAGGGCCUUAUUUUUAGUAAAAAUAAACUGACGUCUAUCAUUUGCAGCAGAAAAGCUUGAACAUGAACACAGUAUUCAUUAUUGCAGUCAUUCAAUUAUUGAUUGCGUUCGAUAGACCCGAAUGUUCGCUCUAUUCUCGUUGCAACUAUCAACAAUGUCUCGGCUGUGACGAAUUUCGGGUAUAUUCCGACGUAAUCUUGUUGUCGAAUUAUUGAUUGUCGCGCAGGAAACAAAUUGAAAGCUCUCAAAAAACAGAAUUUCAAUAAUUGUAAAUACGUCAAGAAAGAAGUUAUGAUAUAGCGAAAUUUUAUGAAAUUAGAAUGUGAAAACUGCAACGCGUCAAUAUAAGAACGAAUAAAUUAAAAAAUUAUAUAAAUUGACUCUAACGUAAAUAACAGAUGUCGAGAAUAUUUAUUGGAAAAUUGAAUUAAUUGCUUUUAUUUGCUUUGAUCUUCUCUAACAAGAUCUAGCUAGUAUUCUAUUUCUAAAAAAUUUUUUAAAUAAAUUAUCAAAAACUAUAAUUUUAUUAUCUUUUAAACAUUAAAACACAACAACGUUAAAACAAAAAAAAAUUGUGCUAUAUUAAAGCGUGUUAUACUUCAGAAAUCAGGAAAAAAUAAAUCUCGGAUAAUAUAAUUAAUAUGAGAAAAAAUGUUUUAAGGACAAGUGUAUCGAAUUAUAUGGUAAAUAUGUUUGAAUGAGCAUGCGUCUCUCUACAUAUCGGAUGAUAAAAGUCGUUCAACUUCGGAAGUAAGGAUAGACGCGCUGACGGCCUGCGAAACGCAUAGAAUCUGAAACUUGGAAACUGCGCGCGAGAAAGCAAUGACUUUCAUGCAGAUACGUAAAUAUACAAUGGAGCUCUUCCGGGCUUCGCGGCUGGGGCGACGUAUCUACAGGAAGAAAGCAGGUUUAUUCGCCGAACUUAUAAUGGCCCGACUUCGAAGCGGAUUUUAUCCUCGUUACGGUUACCAGUAAAAACGUAUUGUUCGAAAGUGCAUUAGCUCUCGGGGAUUCGAACACGUUGCGCCGGGACGAUCCCAAGAUUGUUUCGUUCUCCGCCGUAAAAGAGGACUGGCAUUGUGCCUCUGCAGUGCAACUUGGCAGUAUUGUUGCGUCGGACAUGUACCUCGCUUUUUCAGGACCAUUCAACGAAAACGUAUGGCUUCGAUAACCUCGGUGAUAUCCUUGUCGCUAUUAGCGCCCAAGACCGAAUGUUUCUUCUAUCAAUGGGACCAUAUAAUCGGAGCGCGUUGGUCCAAUCGCGAAUAAUUCGCAUUAGCAAUUCAUUCCCGGCGUGCACGUUUAAGAAAACGGUCCUAUGGUUGCUGUAUAUAUUAUAUAAAAACGUGGUUCUAAUAAUAUUUCGGUGCCAGUCUUUCAAUUAGCUUGUAACGACGCCGAAAUUCAUUAUACUUCGAAGAUGUCACGUAUAAUGCAUACACGGGAUACGUUUUUAUAGAUGUUAAUAUAUAUGUACGCGGCUAAGCAGACAAAGAAAAUGAUUGAAAGGGACUAGAUUAAGUGUUAUUUGUCAUUCUCUAUAGAUAUCUUUUUCAUAAGUCUGUACAUUUUCGCCGAAUUAGUGUUGCGAAUUGUGUCGAAAAAUUUUAUUUGCCAUAUUGUACGCAUUAAUAAAAGAACAAAAGGCACUCAGAA